GUUCUUUCCGUCUCCUUCCUCGACCCUAGUAACAAAGAAAUCGAGUAAAAAUCAGUUAAGGAUGUUAAAGCAAGGCAGUCACGAUUUCUUCAACCCUGCUGGCAGCCAUAUCUCUGCCACCGACCAGCAGAAACCGCUUCCUCCCAUAUAUAAGAAGCGGAGAAGAAGCAGAACGAUGAUGGUGGGCAUGGAGGAGAAUCAGCAGUCUUCAUCUCCCUUCCCUCCCGUCGGUGGAGGAAGCAAGGGGCAUGGCCCGGUGGUCCCUACUAGCGCCUCCGACAGAAUGCCGCAGUGCACGGAGUGUGGGAAGAGGUUCUGUUCCUGGAAGGCCCUGUUUGGACACAUGCGCUGCCAUCCGGAAAGGCAGUGGCGCGGCAUCAACCCUCCGCCGAAUUUCGCCAGACCGCCACCUGUCACCUCGUCUUCUCCUCCGAGCCGCCACAGCUUCUGCUGGGGAGGAGAUGGUCAUGAUGAUGAUGAUUAUGAGGUGGCAGGGUGCCUGUUAAUGCUUGCGAGUGCUGGUGAGAGGCGGCAGAGCCUACAACAUCAGCAGCAGCGGGCAGCGCUUAGGAUGGAUGAUGAAAUAUCCGUGGCAGUCGCGCCAUUUGAAUGUUCGGGUUGUAAUGAUAAUAGUAGUAGUAGUUAUAAUAAUAAUAAUAAUAAAGCAGGAGCAGCAGGAGUGAUGUUAAUGGCUGGCGUGGGGGAGGAGGAAGAGCGGCACAGGUGUGGCAUCUGUUUGAAGGCCUUCUCAAGCGGUCAAGCGCUGGGCGGGCACAAGAGGCGCCAUUGGCUCAACAAGAUUCCUCCUCCUCUUCCACUGCUAAUUAAGAGUAGCUUUGGCCCUGACCAAGGCCAUCCUCAUCCCAAUCCAGGCACCGGGGCUUACUUGGAUUUGAACUUUCCUGCAGCACAAGAUCAUCAUCAUCAUUCUUCAUCACUGCCUGAUGUUUACAACUCUUCUACCUAUGGCCUGCCUAAUUUGGAGUUAAGAUUGGCUCUCUAAGCACCGGUUGAGUUUGACCGUGUUGAAUACUUGAAUCUAUACUAUAUGCCUUAUUGUUAGUUAGUUCAUGUAUUAUUAGUCUAGCUUAUCAAUUACUAGUAAUUAGCUAGUUACGAUGCCUGUGCUAUUGCUGGCCUGAUUUCCAUUAAUUGUAC